AUGGCGGCGGCGCCGGCCGUGUGCACCUCGCCGGGGACCCCGCCGAGCGGUGCACCGUCCCCGGCGGCGGGCGCGCCGGGGCUGGCGUCCGGCCUGGGCCGCUGUCGGAUGGCGCUGCUGCUGGCCGUGGCUCUGGACGUAGCGGGCAUGGCGGCGCUGCUGACCGGCGUGUUCGCGCAGCUGCAGGUGCGCGGCCGCGACUUCGGCGACCUGCUUAUCUACACGGGUGCGCUGCUCGUCUUCCUGAGCCUGCUCGGCUGGAUCCUCUGGUACACCGGCAACAUCGAGAUCUCGCGCCAGGAGCUGGAGCGCGACUACGGCCUGAGGCCCUCGGCGCUCGCCCGCCUCGCGCGGAAGCUCUCCCGCCGCUGGUCGGCGCCGGCUUCCUCCGCCGCCGGCCGGCGCGCCGCGCCCGGCUCCCGGGGAGCGCGCCGCGCCGCCCGCACGCCCCCGCCGCCCGCCGCCGGUUCCCGCCGCGUGCGCCUGCAGCUCGCCUCGCUGGAGGCUGGGCCCGGGGCGGCGGGAGCGGGCACCGAGUGA